AGUAAAGCCUUCGUCUCACUUCAAUUAAAAAGACAAAAGAGAAAAAAACAGCUUCCUUCUAACACCAAAAGCCCCCGGGUCAAAAAAAAAAAAAAAAGAAAAAAAACCCAAUUCUUCAAAAAUCCUGGAUUUUUGUUUGUUCCAUUCACUGUUGGUGACUUGAUGGGUCGUGACUCAGCAACCUCGUUAGCUCCCGGCUUCCGGUUCCACCCCACCGACGAAGAACUCGUUCGUUACUAUCUAAAACGGAAAAUCUUGAACAGGCCUUCCUUUGAUGCCAUUUCUGUUAUCGAUAUUUAUAGAUCCGAGCCUUGGGAUCUCCCUGAUAAGUCAAAGCUGAAGAGCAGGGACUUGGAGUGGUACUUUUUCAGUGCACUGGACAAGAAAUAUGGAAAUGGGUCGAGGACCAAUAGGGCAACUGAGAGAGGCUACUGGAAGACAACUGGAAAGGACCGUGCAAUUCGCUUUAGGGAAAGAGUGGUUGGCAUGAAGAAAACUCUUGUUUACCAUAAAGGUCGUGCCCCACGUGGCGAAAGGACUAACUGGGUAAUGCACGAGUACCGUCUUACUGAUGAGACAUUGGAGAAAGGUGGAAUUCAACAGGAUGCUUUUGUAUUGUGUAGGGUGUUUCAGAAGAGCGGGUCUGGGCCAAAGAAUGGGGAGCAGUAUGGGGCACCUUUUAUUGAAGAAGAAUGGGAGGAUGAUGAGGCAGUUUUUGUGCCUGGUCAACAAGAUGCAUCUGCCCAUGAAGAGGCUGCCAACGAAGAUGCUUUUGUUGAAGUGAAUGAUAUUGAUCAGAAUCUUGACAUUGGCAAUCCAUCUGAAAGCAAUAUCCUUCCGUUGAAUGGCUAUUGUGGGGAAUCAAGCAACCAUGUGGAACAUUCAAGGGAGUUCAGUGAAGACGAUCAAAACCUGCAAAACAGUAUGCAUGAGAAUGCAUUCCUCCCUUCCAGUUUCUAUUAUGGCGAAUCAAGCAACUGUGGUGAACAUUCAAUUGAGUUCAAAGAAGAUUAUCAGAAGCCUAUUCGCAUGCAUGCCACUGAAGGUGAUUCAAAGCCACAUCAUGAGCUUGUAGUCGCUGAUUCACCUGAGCAAAAUCUGAUAGCUACAAAUGGAAAACCAGUUAAGGAUGAAUAUGUGCUCGAACCAAUUGAAAACAUCACUUCCGCGAACUAUGUGCUUGGAAACCCAUACCUGGAUCAUACUAGUUAUCUUCCAACCAAUGAUGAACUUUUCUUGGAAGCUAAUGAUUUUUCAAACCCCAUUUACCCAGAAUCUGAACUUUUUGACAUCAAUGAGUAUCUUUUAUUCUAUGAUGCUGAUGAUCAGUCUUUGGCCUUUGAUUGUGAUGAAAUUGUGGGAAGUGAGAUUCCUGUUUCUGACCAAGAACCUCUUACUGAAACGCAUACAAAUGAAGGAACUGAACAAGACCUUAAUGCUAGUGAACAUGUUGAAGAACAUGGCAAUAGUGAUGCAUCCUCUUCAAAGCAAGAGCUGGAGGCCACAGAAUUUGAUCUUGGUACCAAGUAUCCAUUUAUGAAACGGGCUAGUCACAUGUUGGGUAGCCUCCCUGCUCCUCCUGCAUUUGCCUCAGAGUUCCCUCCAAAAGAUGCUGCGAUCAAGCUAAAUUCGGCGUCACAUGCUUCCAGUUCUGUUCAUGUUAUGGCUGGCAUGAUAAGAAUAACAGACACAACUUCUUCUGGCAACCGGUUGGACUGGUCAUAUGGCAAAAAUGGGAAUCUCAACAUUGUUCUCUCUUUUAGCUUGCCACAAGGUGAUAUAGACUCUUCCAGUUUUCUGCCGAUGGCUAGCCUACUAUCCGGCAAGACGGGGCCUGUUUCGGCAAGAGGGUGGUUCUUCUUGAUGUUAUUUUCGGUCCUAAUUAUUUCUGCGAGUGUAAAGAUUGGGACCUGCUUUUGCACGAGGUAUGGGCUAUGAUUCACUCCACACAUGAACUGAUUACAAAUGUUGGGUAAUAUAUUAGUUACCACUACAGGUUGACUAGGAUGGUAGACCAGGCAAUGUUUCCUCAUUUAUUUUGUUCCUUUUUCUUUUUUAUUUUUAUGAUGAUUGCCGAAACAGAAAUCAUAAGCUAUAUAGAUUUAUCUUCUCAUUACAGUCCUUCAAGAAUGGUUCACCCUAUAAAGUUGCAAGGUACAUCAUAAUGGACAAUAAAGUUCUGGGUUUGUAAGCUAUUAUACAACAAUUGCUUGGUUGCUUCA